UUUCUAAAGUUGUAAAACUGCUGUCAGGCAGUGACAACAGACAUGCCCUGCCCUCGGGGGAGAGGGAGGAGCGUCACCAAGGUAACAAACUCCUUUAUUAGUUUCUGACCUUUCGAACGCUACACCUCAUCAUAGCUGAUGUGCUACUUGAGGAAGUAAACAUUAUUUUGUCGUACACGAUCAAGACUUGAUUCCUAUAAGAUGGCAACAAAUAAGAUGGACGAUGGACAGGAGCCGGACACAGUGGAACAAGAGAAAGACCCAGAAGAGGACGAGGAGAAUAAUCUGGAUUGGCUCCUCGGAAAUGACUCCAAAUCAGAGAUAAUUCAAGCACCUAUGGACACCAACGUCCACAUGCCUAGACCAGAUGCCACUAUUGACGGCUGUUCCAGUAAAGAGUUCACUAGGGAGAGAGUCUUUAAUGCAGCGUCCCAGGGAGACACAACCCAACUUGAUGGGUUGCUUGACUACCUGAGACUUAAUGAUAAGCAACUUACGAGCCCAGAAUUCACAGAUGAAGCAAAUGGGAAAACGGCGCUCCUGAAAGCUUUGCUGAAACUAAAAGAUGGCAGAAACGACACAGUGGAAGUCUUCCUUGACAUAGCCGAGAAAACCGGAGACUUAGAAAAUUUAAUCAACGCACCUUACACAGAUCCUAGCUACAAAGGUCAGACAGCCCUGCACAUCGCCAUUGAGAGGAGGAGCUUUUACCACGUGGACCUUCUGGUCCAGAAAGGGGCAGACGUGCAAGCCAAAGCCAACGGGAAUUUCUUCCAGCGUCAUAAAGGACUGGGCUUUUAUUUUGGAGAGCUUCCUCUGUCACUGGCUGCCUGCACCAACCAGCCCGAUCUUGUGUCCUUCCUCAUCGAGAACUCCUACAGAAGAGCUGACGUGACUGACAAAGACUCACAAGGAAACACUGUCUUGCACGCCUUGGUGGUCAUAGCAGACAAUACGGAAGACAACACAGCCAUGGUUGCAAAGAUGUACGACGAGAUCCUUAUUCAGCACAACAGACUUGAGAAAGAUGUCCUGUUGGAAGCGAUUGAAAAUAAUAAGGGGAUGACUCCUCUGAAGUUAGCAGCCAAGCUGGGCAAGAUCGGGCUGUUCAAGCACAUGUUACAACGGGAAUUCGUGGGUGAGGAGAUGAGGCCGCUGUCCAGGAAGUUUACAGAAUGGGUCUAUGGACCCGUUCGCUCAUCGCUCUAUGACACGAGCUCCAUCGACACCAUCGAAGACGACUCUGUGUUGGAGAUAGUCGUCUUCGGGACUGAAAUUCCAAAUCGUCCUGAGAUGCUCCAGAUCGAGCCUCUGCGCAGUCUUCUGGAUGAUAAGUGGGACCGGUUUGCUUACAAGUUAUUCUGGAUGAAUUUCGUGGUAUACCUGCUGUACCUGAUCAUCUUCACCUGUGUGGCCUUCUACAGAAAGCGAGGAGUGCCACCGUUUCCCAUUCAAGAUGUCCCGCGGGACUACUUUCGUUGCAUUGGCGAGAUCAUCAGUGUCCUUGGAGCAGUGUGGUUUUUCUUUAAAGCGAUAGUUAUUUUCAAGAGGAACCCCCCAACCUUCAAUUCUCUAUACACGGACGGAUUCUGUGAGAUUCUGUUUUUCCUGCAGGCAAUACUCGUUCUGGUCUGCCCAGUUUUGUACUUCUGUGGGCGGAGAGAAUACGCUGGACUCCUCGUGAUGGCGCUGGCGCUCGCCUGGAUCAACGUUCUUUACUACUCAAGAGGCUCUAAACGAAUGGGGAUGUACGGUGUCAUGAUGGAAAGAAUGGUCCUGGGUGACCUAUUUCACUUUUUAGCCGUCUAUUCGGUCAUGCUUGUUGGAUUUGCUGCUGCUAUUGUGGCUAUCGACGACGACGACUUCAUUCCUCCAGCUCAGCGUCUCAAUACCACCGUUCCAGCUUCCACUGAGGGCAGGAAGCCACGUUACAAUGACCUCCGUUUUACAUUGCAUGAAUUGUUCAAGUUCACCAUUGGAAUGGGAGACCUGGGGUUCACCGACGAUUAUCAGUACAAGGAAGUUUUCUACAUCUUACUUUUCUGGUACAUCGUUCUCACCUACAUCCUGCUGCUCAACAUGCUCAUAGCCUUGAUGGGUCACACGGUCGACAGAAUCUCCAACGAAAACGAAAACAUCUGGAAUCUGCAGAGGGCUUUUACCAUUCUGGACAUGGAGAGGACUCUGCCGAGGUGCCUGAGGACGAAGCUGUUCGCCGGGGCGUCCAAGGUGGUUCUCGGAAAGGACAAGACUCAUAGAUUUUUCAGGGUGGAGGAACUGAAUUGGAAACAAUGGAGGUCAGAUGUUGGUUAUAUCCAGGAUGAAGACCCUGGGGAAAACGAAGUGAUGUCCCCUGCCCCCAUCGUCUCUCCUAGGCGUCUGUGGACCCUAAAUCCGUUCUUGCAGAGACUUCGUGACAGACGUCACCGCCAACGACAGCCAUCCAGCAGCAUGGCCUAGGCUCAGCAGCACAUCAAGAUCCAGAUCCAGUUAACAAUCUGAACACUCAGAUUCAGGUCUCGUGAGCAUUUAUUUGCAGCCACAGUCACAACCAAAUGUUUUUUAUUAUUAUACCACGGCAACUUUUUAUACUAUACCAAUUCUGAAGAAAAACAAUAAUAGUCUGGCCAGUACGUGUAUACAGGUGAUAACAGUGACAGAAUUAUGCCUUUAUGAAACACUAAUGCACUUGUUAUGACUGUUAUUGUUUGUAAAUAGGUCAUGUCUGUAGAAUAUGUCUCGUCUGAUUAAGUGAUUACUAACUUAAAUGAAGGAUAAAUAUGAGGGAUGCACAAUAUGGAUUUUUUUCAGCCGAUACCGAUAAUUACCAUGCUUCUCAUGACCGAUAAGAUAACCGAUAAUUUCACUUUUUUGUAUUUAAAAAAGAAGUUCAUAACCUGUAGUUUAUGACCACCUGAGGG